CUGGAAUUGGACCCCAAUAUCUAAACAAGUCUAGAACAUCCAAGUUCUCUUCUAGAAAUGCCACACCAAAGGAUCAAAAUCAUUCACUCCCUCUAUAUUCACUUUGGCCCUCAACAACACCUCACCCCCCCUUCCUGCUCUACAUGCAUCCAUCCCUCCACUUGCCGUAUUCCUGGUUUUGAAGUCGACAUAAAAGAACGCCCCGACCCCCGACAAGCGAAGGGAAACCAGAUGCAGGCGGAGUUCGAUAGGAUGCGCCAGACCAAACCAAAGCAUAUCUCCCAGCAAGAAGCGAAGGGAAAGGAGUCCGAGUUUCAAGCUCCACAUUCCCUCUCUUAUGCUGCCGUCAACGAGGAUACCGUUACGCUUUGCACUGAUACCUGUAUUCCAUUGUUGUCAAGGGUUUUUUUACUGUCACCAAAUUGCUUUUUUCUCCCACCUAUCUUGUCCGAAGAGAAGGGUUUCUAUGGCGGACUUCCACACUUCAGAGCCACGAUGAUUAAUGAAGCAAAACUGAGAAUAAAAUAGAGACUUCCGCGGAGCAAAACAGCAACUCAGCUUCCUCGAACCUUUGUGCAAUCGAAGGGCUGAUCAUAAUUUGUUCUAGCCCCACUAGUCACAAUCUACCUAACGUCUACAUGCG